GCCUCAGUGUCACAGCUCACAAGAGCCCGUCGUCAGUCUCGUCACACUAGCUCGUCAGAACCUAGCUAGAAGGACGCGGCAGUAGUACACGUACGUACGCAUGUCUCCCUCCGUGAUGGCCACAUGGCGCCGUCGGCCACCGCCGCCGUCACUACUCCAUUCCAAAGGCUCGUGUCCGCCGCCGGACUCCCCGUCGCCUGGUCCUGGUGCUGCUGCUCCACCGCCGGCGGCUUCCGCGACGUCGUCCCCAGCGGCGAAAGGAUCAUCAGGCGCAUGCAGGACACGUGUGGCCGGUCGAGGGCACCAACCAGUCCGGGACGACGACGACGACGCUGUUGUACCUGCAGCCGCUGCUGCUGAGCAUCAUGGACGAUCUGCAGAUGAUGAAGCAGAUCGAGAUCGACUAGUACCUGCUGCUGCGCUCCAACUGGCGGCUGCCCUGCCUCGAGCUCAUCAUGCUCAUCAGCAAGGCGGCCGGCUCGGUGGUGUACCGCCAGAACGCGAGGACCCCCGGGCACGACGACGGCAGGCGCUACAAAAGAUAUUCUAUUUUUUGACACUGUAUAUCUCUCGUAGCAUAGACAACUAGUGUUAUUAGCUCACUGUCACUGUUUGACGACGCUUGCAUUUUUCUACCGCUAAUUUAUGACAUUAUUGGCUUCUAAGUCAUGAAAAACAGCCGACAGAAGUUGGGGCCUUUGCUCUUGAAAUAAAGAGGCUUUGGCUUUUUAGGGUAGGGAAAGGGGCGCC